GUGUAUCUGAUUGGUCCUGUAAGUCUGCAACAGGUUUUCCUUGCAAAUGAAGCUUGGAAAGGCCGGUUGAAUCUAAGUUUGGUUAGACAGGCAUCAUUCAGGCAUCUCCGGAGGGUCUGGUUGCCAGCCUGAGAGCCGCUUCAGGACAGUAACCUUACCGUCAGGCACGUAGAGCGUCAAUCUUGUCUAGACAGACGUAGCAAGAUCUGUGAGGAUUACGCCGUUAGGCCACUGUCACCGACGGAGACGCGGCAAUGAUACCGUACACUCACAGAUUUGGGAGGCUCCGAAAAUGCAUAUGAACCCAAGGCUUAUUACAACAUUUACCCCACAUCGAUUCCUGCUCAGUCAAGCACAAACAUCAUGAGCGAUCGCCACAACUACACAUUCCUCCCCAAUCAGCCACCGCGCCUCCCUAAUCAGCCACCGCGGGGCAGCCAAUGGCUACCCAACAGUCAGCAGCAGCAGCCUCCUCACCAAUCAUCUUCCUAUCAACCAGUUCAGCAUGGCUUCCAGGCGGCACCGAGCAACUACAUGUCCACGCACCCUGCCUCAUCUUCACCUUAUGCAAUGAAUGCCAUGGCACCCUCGAGCACGCACUACGCAGCAAAUAAUUCUGCCGCUGCACCAUCACAAUCCUACUCCUCAAACCCUGCUGCCAGUGCAUACAAUCAACAACGACAGAUGUAUCCACCACAAGAAUACCCCAUCCGUCAACCAGCUCACUCGCCGAGUCAAACAUAUCCACCAGCGGCGCCUUCGCGCAGCCAUACCUCGCCGCACGUCUCGCAGCCAUACGUCAUUGAUGGGCAGAUAGCGCCAACAGUGCAAUAUCCAGCAUCUCCAUCGCGACCAUUCUCCUGCGACAUGUGCGCUCUGUCGUUUAACCGGCAACAUGACUUGAAGCGGCACAGAGACACACACUCGGGAGAGAAGCCGUUCUUGUGCAACGGAGGCUGUGGAAAGACAUUCACAAGGAAAGAUGCGCUGAAAAGGCACCAGCUUGUGAAGCAUUGCGGAUAUGACGAAGAUGCAAAUUGAAAUGGAGCUGUUUUGGCAUUUUUAAUCAUCAAUCGCAUGAUUGCAAUUUACUUUCACAUACUAAUCUUAUAUUCGAUAUUUGAUGCAGGAGAUCUUGGACUAGGAUGAA